UCGGUUUGUUUACAUUUUCGGAGUGUGUGGGAAUGGGCACAAAGUUGGCGUCAAUAAAGACCCGCAAUGGAGCUUAAUAUCUUCGACGACUGCUGGGAGUUGAUGCACCGGUUCCAGCGACUGGUCAACGAAGGCGAGAACUGCGAAUUCGAGGUGUUUUGCCGGUGCUGGCGGGAAAUGCAGCUGCAGCACCUCUUCUCCGGCCAGUCAAACCACACUGAGGUGAUAGCCACCACUCUGACGGCGCUGCACGUGGCCAAACGGCUGUCAUGCUCCCGCCGCACCAACGGGGACCUCUUCGCCGCCUCCCGCUCCCAGAGGAUUGCCGGAUUUUAUUUGCUCUACGUGAUUUACAACAAGCAGCCCACCCUAAACUUCGUGAAGAUCGAGGUCUCACCUCGCACCUGGCAGGAGCUAACCAACUAUGUGCUGCAGCUGCGCAAUGACAGCCCGGAGAGGAAGGACACCCAGCAGGUGGCCUACAUGUUUUGGCGCCUCGUCCAGGAGCAGGCCUUCCGGUUCACAGCGCUCGACUACUGCCAGGGAUUGGACAAUUUGGUGGACUACGACCGGCUGGAGACUGUAGCGGGUGCAAAGCGACAAAGACAGAGUGCAUUGAUGCUGAAACAACAGCGACCCAACAAUGUCAGCCUCUCCUAUGAACUGGAGGGCCUGCAAUCACUGGACCUGGCCAGUCGGCCAUUGUGUGAUCUGGAGUCAGCCUAUAAUGCACAAAAGUUGCAACUGGCGGGUCAGCAGCAGGCUCUGCCGCCCACUCAAAUUUUUGGCCAACUGCGCGAAGUCUUUGCAGACAUUCAAAAGAUACUGGGAAACAACAAAAAUCCCGAGGAUGAGGAGCAGCCCACAACUUCUGCAAGCAACCAGUUAGAGGUGCGACAAAAAGUGCGAAACAAGGCCAUGUACGGCAUGGAGGAAAGGGGGCCGCAGCACCAGCCGGAGGAACUCGAAGUGGAGCUGGAGGUCAACGAAUCGUAUCAACGGAGAAUGUCUUCGGCUACUGUGUUUCAACAGCCAUUAUCCGAGGAUGUACAGCGGGAAUAUCAGAUCUAUGAUUACAGUGACGACGAUGAAGACGAGGAGGAAGAAAGCGAGGUCACAGAGGAAGAUGUCCAGGAACUACUAGGCUCUUAAGCUUCAGUAAAUAACGAUGAAAUACGGAAUAAUGAAUUUAAUUUUAGCUUAAAAAUAAAAUAUUUUUAAAUAA